UACUCACACAGCACUCCGCCCCCUUUCUCAGGGAGUCCGGCUCCCGGGGGAGGAAGAGUGAGUGGGGACAAGAUUUUAUUUUAUUUACUCCCCCCACCCCCACUUUUGCGAAGCCGGUGCUCGGUGAUAAGACCAGCUCACAAAAACAGUAGUUUGCACGUGUGGCCGGCCUGGGUUGCGGGUGUGCGCACUGGCGAGUGUGUGUGAGUGCGCGCGCGCGUGUCUCGGUGUGUGCUUUCUUGUUCUCUUACAGGGUACAAUGUUAAAAAGCCACCGCUAGUCGCCCCCAGUGCUCCGACUCUCUGGGUCUUUUUGUCUCUAGAGCAGAUUAAACGUCACGUCCGCACUUGAACUUGAAUUUUAUCCCAUUGUACAGAGGCAGCCCCAGCCACAGAGAGACCGAGAGCUCCCGGAGAACCCGGACUCCGCCAUCUUCACGUUGCAAUCUAUAGCUCCCGUCCACGCCCGCACCGACCCGGGCGCAUUGGGCGAGCCGCCCCGCAGUCCCGCUCCCCCUGGGCCCGCGGCGCCGGGCAGCGCUGGGGAGCGCACGCGGGGACCCGCAGCCCCUCCGGCCGGCGCCAGCCUGCCAGGUGACCCGGGAAGGAGCCGCUCCCGGAGUCCCCCAGAGCCUCGGAGGGGUCAGCCUCCGAGAAAGAAAAAAAGCAGGCAGCGCGCAGAAAACCCAGAAAGAACCGAACCAAGGCAGUUUUUCAUUGCUUUCGGGUUUUUUGAGGGGGCGGGGUGAGGGGGUACGAGACAAGUCCCCAAGUUUUCUUUGCCUUUUUUUUUUUUUUUUUUUUUUGAAAUUUGUUUGCAUUUUCCUCCCCUCCCCUUGGGUGGAAGUGCGCGUUCCACCUACCAGACCCCGAAAGAAAAGUGUCAGAGGCCGGUGCAAAACCCGGCGUAACUUCAAGAAGACAUUUACAAGUCUAAGAGGCCAAGCACUUUGAAGAAGUGUGAGAGAUAUUUUUCCUCCAAAAGAAUAUAUUUUUAAAGAAACCGGCCAGCCCGCGGCGAGCAACAGCAGCUUUAUAAUUUAUUUUAGCCUUUCUCUAUUUUAGAGCAAGCCAUCUUCCUGGCUUUUUCUUUUUUCUUUUUGCAAAAACAAAAACAAAAACACAGCCCAGAAGAAAGAGCAAAAUAAAGACGAAGAAGAAGAAGAGGAGGAGGAAGAGAGGAAGGGCAGAGGCACCAACCCGGGCGGAGGAGGAGGCGCGGCGGCGGCGGCGGCGGCUCAGACCCCCUCCCCGGCCCGCAUCUGUGCAGCUUUCCGGGCGAUGCCAGAAUAGAUGCCGGGGCAAUGUCCCGCCGCAAACAGGGCAACCCGCAGCACUUGUCCCAGAGGGAACUCAUCACGCCAGAGGCUGACCAUGUGGAGGCUGCUAUCCUCGAGGAAGAUGAGGGUCUGGAGAUAGAAGAGCCUAGCAGCCUGGGGCUGAUGGUGGGCGGCCCCGACCCUGACCUACUCACCUGUGGCCAGUGUCAGAUGAACUUCCCGCUGGGGGACAUCCUGGUUUUUAUAGAGCACAAGAAGAAACAGUGUGGGGGCCUGGGCUCCUGCUACGACAAGGUACUGGACAAGGGAAGCCCUCCGCCUUCCUCUCGCUCUGAGCUCAGGAGAGUGUCUGAACCAGUGGAGAUCGGGAUCCAGGUCACCCCCGAUGAAGAUGACCAUCUACUGUCACCCACGAAAGGCAUCUGUCCCAAGCAGGAGAACAUUGCAGGGCCGUGCAGGCCUGCCCAGCUGCCAUCGAUGGCCCCCAUAGCUGCCUCCUCUUCCCACCCUCCCACCUCCGUGAUUACUUCACCUCUGCGUGCCCUGGGCGUUCUCCCACCCUGUUUCCCGCUGCCUUGCUGUGGUGCACGCCCCAUCUCGGGCGACGGGACUCAGGGUGAGGGUCAGAUGGAGGCUCCCUUUGGAUGCCAGUGUAAAGAUGAGCCUUCCAGCUACAUUUGCACAACAUGUAAGCAGCCCUUCAACAGCGCCUGGUUCCUGCUGCAGCAUGCGCAGAACACGCAUGGCUUCCGCAUCUACCUGGAGCCCGGGCCGGCCAGCACCUCGCUCACGCCCAGGCUCACCAUCCCGCCGCCGCUCGGGCCGGAGGCCGUGGCGCAGUCCCCACUCAUGAAUUUCCUCGGGGACAGCAAUCCUUUCAACCUGCUGCGCAUGACGGGCCCCAUCCUGCGGGACCACCCCGGCUUCGGAGAGGGCCGCCUGCCCGGUACGCCACCGCUCUUCAGCCCACCGCCACGCCAUCGCCCGGACCCCACAGCCUCAGUAUGCAGAAGGGAGAUGGGGCUGUGCCCAACUUUUGGCGAGUGCCUUGACCGAGUCAUCGCCUGAACCCCAUGGCCAUAACUCUCCGCCAUGGACUUCUCCGGUGACUGCGAACUGGCCGGUAACGGCUCCACGCCCGUGUCCCCAGAGCCGUGGCACCCUAUGCACCGGCUGCUGAACUUUCCAGCCCAGCCCCAAGUCCCGUUCCUCCUGCGCCCACCGCUGCCACCCAUGCCCUUUGGAACGCACGCCGCCACCGCAGCCGCCUGCCAAACAAGUCCUGUGAAGUUCUGCGCAAAGACCUUCAAAUUAAACAAUCUCGCCGUGCACGGCGCAGCCUGCAGGCGAGAAGCCUACAAGUGCCAGCUGUGCGACCACCCGUGCUGCGUGAGGCGAGCAAGCUCAAAGCGCCACAUGAAGGCACAUGCACAAAAGGCGGGCUCGCUGGCUGGCGCUCAGGCGAUGGGCUCUCGCCAGCUCCCAGAGCCCGGCACCGCGCUGCCAGGUGACCUCAAAGCGGCCGAUGGCGACUUCCGCCACCAUGAGAGCGACCCGUCUCUGGGACCCGAGCCCGAGGACGACGAGGACGAGGAGGAGGAAGAAGAAGAGCUGCUGCUGGAGAAUGAGAGCCGACCUGAGUCGAGCUUCAGCAUGGACUCGGAGCUGGGCCGUGGCCGCGAGAAUGGGGGUGGCGUGCCACCAGGGGUGGCGGGCGCAGGGGCUGCAGCUGCGGCUCUGGCAGAUGAGAAGGCGCUGGCACUGGGCAAGGUGAUGGAGGAGGGCUGGGCGCACUGCAGCCGCAGUAUGGGGAGAAGCGGCGCCUUCCUGAAGCGUGCAGGCGGCUGGUGACACCGGAGCUGGUGGCUGCCAGAGGAUGCAGGUGCACGGGGCGCGGUGAGCAGGCGUGGCGGGACAGCGCCAGGCGCAGAGCCCCUUCCCGCGCUCUUCCGCAAGCCCGCACCGCUACCCAGCGGGCUUGGCGGUCCCUGCGGCCAAAAGCGCAUCAAGGUGGAGAAAAAGGACCUGGAGCUGCCACCCGCCCUCAUCCCAUCCGAGCGCUGCGCGGUGGCUCGUGCAGGCUACGGCGUCGCGCCCACUUCAUGAAGAGACCCGUUCCUGGGCUUCCGCGGUCUUGCGCCAGUCGCCUUCGCUUCAUCGCCGGAACAUUCCUCUGAAACGGCAGCCUGCGCUUCUCCCGCCACCGAGGACCUGCUGGGCGGGCUGUCGAGCAUGAUGGCGCAAUGACGGGGGCAACGCCACGCCUCACCUGGGUGCCCCGGUCCUGGGCGGCCGAGCUCGGAGGGCCGCCCGCAGCGGCUGCGUCAGUACUGCGGCAAGGUCUUCAAAAACUGUAGCAACCUGACGGUGCACCGGAGGAGCCACACCGGCGAGCGGCCUUACAAGUGCGAGCUGUGCAACUACGCGUGCGCGCAGAGCAGCAAGCUUACGCGCCACAUGAAGACGCACGGUCAGAUCGGCAAGGAGGUGUACCGCUGCGAUAUCUGCCAGAUGCCCUUCAGUGUCUACAGUACCCUGGAGAAACACAUGAAAAAGUGGCACGGUGAACACUUGCUGACUAAUGAUGUCAAAAUCGAGCAGGCUGAGAGGAGCUAAGCGUGUACGCGGGGGACGCCGCGUGCGUGCAUCUGUACAGCGUGACCAUCGCCAACCUUCGCCAACGGGACCGGGUGACCGGACUGGCCUCUGCAUCCCCGGGGCUCAGGGAGGCGGCAGUCCAACCUAACCUGUGUCUGCGAAGUCCUAUGGAAACCUGAGGGUUGAUUAAGGCAGUAAAAAAUUAAAAAAAAAAAAUUGUGGAGCCUUUUAACUGUGCAAUAAUUUCUGUAUUUAUUGGGUUUUGUAAUUUUUUUGGCAUGUACGUGCAGGUACCUAUUAUUAUUAUUAUUUCUGUUUAAAUUCCUUUAAAAGAUUUUGUUGAGUAUCCAUCCCUUCAUUUUUUUAAGAACCCAGUAGUAGUCUGAGCAAUGACUCGCAAGUGAUGUAGAGGGAAGCUAUCUUUUAAAUUAUAAUUUUGUGUGUGUGUGGGGGGGGUGCUGCUUUUUUGAAAUUUAAGCUAAGCAUGUGUAAUUUCUUGUCAAGAAGCCAACACUUAAAUGACUUUUAAAGUUGUUUGCGUUUUCAUCAUUUAUUUUGUUCUGAAAUGAAAAGUGGCAUGUGGGAUUUUUUUUUCGGGGGAGGGGGGAGGGGUGGCUUUCAAAAACCAUUUUUUUUUUCCGGGAGGUGGAUGUACAGCGGAUUACAAUCUUUAAAAUUGUAGCACUUUGUUUUAGCAUCGCAUUGGAGAGGUAGCACUGAUGUCCUCCUGACCCACAGAGGCUUCUCUGUGCGGAAUUCAACUUUCAUGCUGUGGAAGGAAAACUUUGAGGGGGGCGCGGCAAACGAGCCUCUCCCCCACUCGGGACCCCGAGAAUCUUUUCCAGGGUGACUCUAGGAAUAGCCCCCGAAUUCUGCAAUUGUGCAUUACCAGGAGAUACGAUACUGUCCUUUUCUGGGGGGAGCUUGGCGUAUUCUGGGAAGCCACCUCUGCCCUUUGCUGUAGACUUGGCUGCAUAAAACGGGCUGAGGGCACCCACUGGGUAGACAGCAGUGGCCUGUAGUGGCAGGAAGAAAGAGACUAGCAGUGUUCUCUCAGUGGCACCAUGGCUUCUCUUUUCAGCCCCCAGCCUACAGAUAAAUCCCAGGUGUCCAUUGCUACGGUGGUAAUUGACCAUGUCCCAAGCAGACAACUGGCCCUUGGUGUACUGGAGAAGUGAGCUGCUGGGGUCGCUGAUCUCAGCUGAUAGGCGCUUAGGGCAGGGAAUCCUCGCCUGUUCUCUUCCGGAGGGGAGUUGGGAAGAGUUCUGUCCAAAGGUGCCCCCCACGCUGCUUCCAUUUCUGUGUUGUGUCUUUUUCCUUCCUCCGCUUAGUUGGGACAUAACUAUACAUUGGACUUGUUGGGAUUUGAUGUUUGAAUUCUGUUGACCCGCACUUUAAAGCUUUUGUUUGCAUUUAAAUUAAAUGGCUUCUAAACAAGAAAUUGCAGCAUAUUCUUGUCUUUGGCCCAGAGGUGGGUUAAACUGUAAGGGACAGCUGAGAUUGAGUGUCAGUGUUGCUAAGCGUGGCAUUCACAAUACUGGCACUAUAAAGAACAAAAUUAAAUAAUUUAUUGGACAGUUUCUCUACUGCCAUUCAAUUUGAUGUGCGUGCCUUGAAAACCGAUCUUCCUAUUUGAGUCUCUUGAGACAAAUGCAAAACUCUCUCUCUCUCUCUCUUUUUUUUGAGAUGAAAAGACUUUUUAAAAAGCAAACAAGAGAAGUACAUUCUUUAGAAACAAAGCCACAUUUACUUUAAAUUAAAAAAAACAAAAAACAAUUCCUGGUUGAAGAUAGAGGACGGGAAAAUGUCAUAAGAUCCAGUCAAAUGAAGAAAUAAGCCCAGCACAGCCCUGGACAUCCAUUAGCAGACUUGUUUUCAGACCCCCCCUUUUUUGGGACAAAGCUGCUUAGAUACGGAGUGGAGGUGACUUACUGCUGAAUUAAAAGUCAUGUGAUACGAGCUGAUAUCGUUGAAUGAAAAAAAAACAAACAAACAACAAAAACAAUUCAGGAACAAUGGCUAAUUUUUUUUUCUCCUAAAUUUAAAUUUAGUGCACUCUGUCUUAAAAAUACGUUUACAGUAUUGGAUACAUACAAGGGUAAAAUAAAUCGUGUGUAUGUGUGUUGGAGCGAUCUUUUUAUUUUAUUUUAUUUUCAGCGUUUGCUUAAUAGGUUAUACAGAAAUGCCACAAUGGCUGGGUGUAUGUUGUUUUCCUUUGGUGACGGGAUUUUAGUAUACAUUAUAUAUAUUGAAAUUUCUUGAUUACUGUCAAAGUGGACCAGUAUUUGUAAUAAUUGAGAUUGCCUGGGCAUUUUACAAAAGUGAGAAGAAAAAAAAAAAGUCCUUUUUCUUUUCCUUGAAACCGUUACAGUAAGUUUUAAAUGGUGGGUCUAUAAAAUCUGUUCUGUCACAGUAACCUGUAAAGUCGGAGUUUUAGUAUAAAUUUUUUUCUGCCUCGGGUGUUGAAUUUUUAUUUUGAAAACAAAAUGUAUAGAAACUUGUAUUUGGGGAAUUAAAGGGGGAUUGCUACAAUGUGUAGAAAAAGUAUGUAGAGAAAGUGCUUAAUAUUGUUACUGCUUUGCAGAAGAAGAAAAAAAAUCACACUUCUGGCCUGUACUUAUUUUCUCUCUCCCACCUCCCUCUGGAAUGGAUAUAUUGGUCGGUUCAUAUGAUGUAGGCUCUCGCUGUAUUUUUACUGGAGCUUGUAAUUUUUUAACUGUAAGCUUGUCCUUUUAAAGGGAUUUAAUGUACCUUUUUGUUAGUGAAUUUGGAAAUAAAAAGAAAAAAAACAAAACCCAA